CCUUCAAAGGAUUAAAGUUUGAUCCAAAUGAAAGGCAAAGGAAACACAAGAUCAAAGUCACAGGAUGAAAGGUGAUGCGGUCCAUGUGGAAUCUCACACUAUUGUUUUGUUGGUUAUAAUUCAGGGAGUUUGUUGUCAUUUAGCGCUACAAUGUGCAGUAUCAUGCGCACAUGCCUGAAGCACCUCGGUGUGAGGGUCAAAGAACCUCACAGCCUUGAGUCCGAAGAGGUCCAGAUGAACAUUCUCCCCAAGGUCGAGAAAAGCCUUAAGAAAGAAAAGGAAGGAGAAGAGAAGGCGAAGAACCCCAGAUUGCCCAGUAUCCUGGGACGUGCAGGACAAGGUGGAAAUCAAACCUCCAGAAUCCAGAGAGAUGGUGACCAGGGAUCAGAGCAUGAGCAUGACCCCUCAAACUGGCAACAGCUGGUGGGCAGAGAAGUCCUGGCGAGUCUCCACCCUGACGAAAUAAAGAGACAGAACAUUAUCCAUGAGUUGUUUUACACAGAGCGUGCACAUGUGCAGAAGCUGGCGGUUUUGGACCAAGUUUUCCUCCAGAGGCUCUCCAAAGAGGCAAUCCUGCCUCCUAGUGACAUCGAGAGCAUCUUCUCCAACCUCGACGAGAUUCACCAUUUUCAUGUUUUAAUAGUGGAGCAAAUGGUGGCCUCUUGGAAGAAGAAUGAGUCGUCACUCAUCGAUCAGAUCGGAGAUGAUGUGCUCGCUUGGUUCAGCAGUGGAGAUGAGAAGAUUAAGCAGGUGGUGGGGACAUUCUGCAGCAAUCGGCCUUCUGCUCUGGAGAUCAUCAAGCCCAGUGCAGAAGAAAGAUUCAGGGUUCUCUUCCUUUAUCCAGGAGGCAGAAAGCAACGGUGCCAUUGGUUACAGCUGAAAGACCUCAUUCCAGUAGAGAUGCAGCGGUUCACCAAGUAUCCUCUGCUACUCGACGCCAUUGCCAAAUACACAGACAACACAGUAGACAAGGACAAAGUGAAGCAGGCGGCAAACCACUGUAGGGAGAUCCUAAAUCAUGUCGACCAGGCUUUGAAGGAAUCUGAGGACAAGCAGAGGCUUGAGAGAAGACUGGACCCCUCCGCUCUAGAGAAAGACAACCCUAUGUUCCUGGAGCUAAAAAACCUGGAUCUAACCAAGAGAACGAUGGUGCAUGAGGGGCUACUGUCAUGGAAACUGUACAAGAACAAAACUAUUGAAGUGUACUCUCUCCUCCUGGAGGACAUCCUGGUUCUGCUGCAGAGGCAAGAUGGGCUUCUGAUACUGACAUGUCACAGCAAAAAACCGGCAGACACCAACCAUAUCUUAAGCCCCAUCAUCAGACUCAACACUAUACUGGUGCGCCCAGUGGCCACAGACAGCAAGUCGUUCUUCAUCUUUUCCAUGUCUGAAGACAGAGAACAGGUCUACAAGCUGAUGGCGCCCACAGUUGCAGAUCAGAGAAUGUGGCAGGGUCUACUCAACGAGAGAGCUGAAGCCUUGAGAGUGAAACCUUACGCCAUAUCAUGACCUUUAGAUCUCCAUUCCAGAGAGCAUCAAUAUUGCUCAAAUAUACAUGAUCAUGUGUUCCAUUCUUCUGGAGCUUUUAUUAAAUGUCAACAAUUUGAGAUGAUCUCACAGGCUUGGGCAAUUGAUUAUCUAUUAGUUACAUCUCUUGAUUAUCUAUUGUGACAUCAUGCAGAUAUAUUCAACCCUGUCUCCUCAAAACUCUAUAUGUUAGGAAUAUACUGUUUUAAGUCAUAAACUAAGGACAAAUUGGUGUGUGCCAGUGUCAACAUCCAGAAACAGUUAAACAUGAAAGGGAUCAACAAAAACCUAGACUUUGACUUUGAUCGUCUGUGCUGAAGAAUCUUUGAAACUUUGAAAUUUGAUUUUUGGACUUCCAAAAUGUGAUUGGGAAGAAAAAAAUGUUCUACAAAAUAUAACAAAUAUAAACAAAACUCAAGUGCAAAAGGUUCUAGUGACAAAGUGCCCCUCCUUACAAGCAUCAACAAAGCAUUUUCAUGCAGAAAGGGAUAAAGGGGUAGAAGAUAGAUGGAUGAAAAUGCCAUUUGAUUGACUGAUUAGAUAUUUGUAUUAAAAAGCAAUUGAAGAUGUGUAUCUAAUAAAAUAGUCGGUGAGUGUAUUCUUCUGAGUUCCACUCCUGCCUCUCCUGUCUCUGGUCCUGCGCAUAUCACCCUGUAUCCUGCUGCCCUGGAUCAGUGCUCUGCUUCCCCCGGAGAUCCAACUGGACCUGCGUCCCUGAACCAUAUCCCCCUGGCUGCAGCUUUUAUCACUAUCCCCAUGUUAAUUAAAAAUAAAAAGACAUAAGC